CUCGCGGUUGGCGAUGCUGCGCGUCUGAAGUGUCGAAUCGGGCCGCGAGCGCGCAGUGGUGAAACACUGUGCGCGACUGUGCGUGCGUCCCGCCCGUGUUAUCAGCAAAAAUAUGCAAAAGUAUGAGAAGCUCGAGAAAAUAGGAGAAGGCACUUAUGGCACCGUGUUCAAAGCCAAGAAUCGCGAGACACACGAAAUCGUCGCCCUCAAGCGAGUACGACUGGAUGACGACGACGAAGGUGUGCCGUCGUCGGCUCUGCGGGAGAUCUGUCUUCUGAAGGAGCUCAAGCACAAGAAUAUAGUUCGUCUGUACGAUGUGCUGCACAGCGACAAGAAGCUCACUUUGGUGUUCGAGCACUGCGACCAGGAUCUUAAGAAGUACUUCGACAGUCUGAACGGGGAGAUCGAUCUAGACAUUGUUAAAUCAUUCCUAUACCAGUUGUUAAGAGGACUGGCCUUCUGCCACAGUCGAAAUGUUCUGCACAGGGAUCUUAAACCACAAAACUUGCUCAUUAACAAGAACGGGGAGUUAAAACUCGCCGAUUUCGGAUUGGCAAGGGCGUUUGGUAUCCCCGUAAAAUGUUACUCCGCCGAGGUAGUUACGUUGUGGUACCGUCCCCCCGAUGUUCUUUUCGGAGCGAAAUUGUACACGACGUCCAUCGAUAUGUGGAGCGCGGGCUGCAUAUUCGCUGAAUUAGCGAAUGCCGGCAGACCGCUAUUUCCCGGGUCGGACGUGGACGAUCAAUUGAAGAGAAUAUUUAAGAUGUUGGGCACACCGACCGAGGAGACUUGGCCGGAUUUGACAACGCUGCCUGACUACAAGCCCUUCCCACAGUAUCAUCCCACGCAAGGACUGGCACAGGUCACACCCAAACUCAGUUCAAGAGGCAAAGACUUACUCCAGAGAUUAUUAGUGUGUAAUCCGGCCCUACGGCUGUCAGCGGAGGAGGCGAUGGCGCAUCCGUACUUCAACGACUUAAACCCUGCCAUGAAGAACGACCGAUGCCAAUAGCGAAUCCCUGUUAGUUUAGACCGACUGAAAGCAUUACGGCGCUCACGGCGCGGCGACCAAAAUGGAAAAGAAAGCACUCCGGCAAGGAUCGUUUGUUAAUAUAUACAUAUAAUUACGAGCUCGACGCGACGUGAAACCGCUCCUGCAAGAGAGAGAGGCGGAGAGAGAGAAAGAGAUACGAAGAUAGAUGGACGCCGAAUUUUUUAUCGUGAAAGAAUCGGUGAAGCGUGAAUUUUACCUCGUUGACAACCUCGUACCGGAAAAGAAAAAAAAAAGAACUUUGCGAUCGACGGAAAAGAACAACUCGCGAAGUCAUAAAUGGUAUGACGACAUUUAACGUAAAAUUCAGUAGGAUUUUAAGCGCGAUUUAUUUAUUAAAUAAUUGUGAUAUCAAUAAACUGAUAUCUUAAAUAAGCCUUAA